GGGCGGGGCCGGGCCCCGGAGCGUGUGACGCCGCGGCCGCGGCGGAGCUGGGGAUUAAUGGGAAAAGUUUUGGCAGGAGCGGGAGGUUUCUGCGGAGCCUGCGGGACGGUGGCGGUGGCGCGGGAGGCGGCCGGGACAGAGUUGAGUGGUGUUUUGGGCAUGUACGUGGUACUCAUACGGUGUCUGCUGCUCACCGACAGAUGAAGAUGUAUGCACCCUAGAGGCUGACAGGAACUGCCCUGUGGAGGUCCGUCUGCACUCAGACCCAGAUGAUGCCAGAGCUAUGACCAGGCCUGCAGGCGUGGCGCCGAGGGGAGAUCAGCCAUGGAGCAGCCACAGGAGGAGACCCCUGAGGUCCGGGAAGAGGAGGAGAAAGAGGAAGUGGCAGAGGCUGAAGGAGCCCCAGAACUCAAUGGAGGACCAGAGCUUGCACUUCCUUCCAGCAGCUACACAGACCUCUCCCAGAGUUCCUCACCACCCUCGCUCCUGGACCAGCUCCAGAUGGGCUGUGAUGGGGCCUCGGGCGGCAGCCUCAACAUGGAGUGCCGAGUGUGCGGGGACAAGGCCUCAGGCUUCCACUAUGGUGUUCAUGCGUGUGAGGGGUGCAAGGGCUUCUUCCGUCGGACAAUCCGCAUGAAGCUGGAAUAUGAGAAGUGUGAUCGGAGUUGUAAGAUCCAGAAGAAGAACCGCAACAAGUGUCAGUACUGCCGCUUCCAGAAAUGCCUGGCACUGGGCAUGUCACACAAUGCCAUCCGCUUUGGCCGGAUGCCAGAGGCUGAGAAGAGGAAGCUGGUGGCAGGGCUGACGGCCAGCGAGGGGCACCUGCACAACCCACAGCUGGCUGACCUGAAGGCCUUCUCCAAGCACAUCUACAAUGCCUACCUGAAAAACUUCAACAUGACCAAAAAGAAGGCCCGCAGCAUCCUCACUGGCAAGUCCAGCCACACUGCGCCCUUUGUGAUCCACGACAUCGAGACAUUGUGGCAGGCAGAGAAGGGCCUGGUGUGGAAGCAGCUGGUGAACGGCCUGCCGCCCUACAAGGAGAUCAGCGUGCACGUCUUCUACCGCUGCCAGUGCACCACGGUGGAGACCGUGCGGGAGCUCACCGAGUUUGCCAAGAGCAUCCCCAACUUCAGCAAUCUCUUCCUCAAUGACCAGGUGACCCUUCUCAAGUAUGGCGUGCAUGAGGCCAUCUUUGCCAUGCUGGCCUCUAUUGUCAACAAAGAUGGGCUGCUGGUAGCCAAUGGCAGUGGCUUUGUCACUCAUGAAUUCCUGCGCAGCCUCCGCAAGCCCUUCAGUGACAUCAUUGAGCCCAAGUUUGAGUUUGCUGUCAAGUUUAAUGCCCUGGAACUUGACGACAGCGACCUGGCUCUGUUCAUCGCAGCCAUCAUCCUGUGUGGAGACCGGCCAGGCCUCAUGAACGUGCCACAGGUGGAGGCCAUCCAGGACACCAUCCUGCGUGCCCUCGAGUUCCACCUGCAGGCCAACCACCCCGACACCCAGUACCUCUUCCCCAAGCUGCUGCAGAAGAUGGCUGACCUGCGGCAGCUGGUUACAGAGCAUGCCCAGAUGAUGCAGUGGCUCAAGAAGACUGAGACUGAGACCUUGCUGCACCCCCUGCUCCAGGAGAUCUACAAGGACAUGUACUGAAGCCAGCGCCCAGGCCACCUGCAGGUGGCAGAGGGGUCCAGCCACGGGACUGUCCCAUGGGCCAGCCCUCAAGUACCCAGCACAGCCCAGAGUGGCAGGGUCACCUCCGGGCACUCCCAAGCCCGUGCCCUGGCUCCCUGUGUUCCCUUCCUUCCAGUCUGUUGCUUCCCCCACUCCGUCUCUUUGUUGUCUCUCCCUCUUGAUUCCUGUCUUACCAGUACCUCCUGCUCUUCUGCUGUGUCCUCUCUGGUCUGUGAGAAGUUUGUUAUUUCACCAGCAGCCUGAGACAGAACUCUGCUUUAGCCCUCACUUCCCCCAGGAGAGGGAGUGGGCCGUCCUCUGCCCCACACUGCACUGCAGCCCAGGGGCCCCACUUCUGUCUCCUCUCCUCAAGCAAAAGACUUGAGCCAUCCAAAGAAACACUACGCCCUCUGGGCCUGGCUUGACUGCAGCAGUAGCCGGUAGUCACUGGGUCUCUGCUCCAGAGGCAGGGGCCUGGGCCAAGAGCCAAGGCCUCCCCUGGUGAUCUCCCUUGCCCGGGACAACUCCAGCAGGUACAGCCCUCUGACCCCCAGCAUCCUUCCAUUCUUCAUACAGUCUUCUAAAGCAACAUUGCUGAUGGUCCCCUGCGCUGGCCGCUGGGGGGCACUCCCCAGCCUGGAGGGAAAGCAGGGUUCCCUCCAGGUGGGGCCCCUACACCCCCAUUGAAGAGGAGAGAGGUGGAGGGCGGUUGGGGAAUAGCACACUUCAUUCUGAUCCCAGGGGUCAGGGUCUGAGUUCUAGGGUCAGAGGUGGGGGGCGGGGGGCAGGCCUUCCAUCAGCACCCCGCACUCCCCUACCCCGCCGCAGCCACUCACGUGUCAGAACCCAGUGCCAUCUUGCCUUUCUCCCUGCCAGGAGCCGCUGGUACUGGCCCCUCCCCAACACUCCCUGGAGCCGCCGCUCCAGCACACACCACAGCACUGAAAUCACUUUACCGCAGUCCUGUGCCUGCCCUCCCCUCCCCCAGAGGUGGUGGCUGCAGGGACAGGCGGGCAGCCCUGUUUCCAGGGCGGGAGGAUCUCUGCUCCCAGGGAUCCUGUGCUCCCCACGGCCCCACCACCCUCCCUGCCCUGCUGUCAGCCCACUGGUCAUUUAGAGUUCUCCCUGCACCCAGCUCCUGGGUGGAAGUGUGCCCACCCAGGCCUGCUGGGUACGGGACCGGCCAGGGUCUCAGAAGGUGGUAGGCGAGGGUUAGAGCCCGGGCUUCCUGGGCCCUAUCUGCUCCCCAGGGACCUUUCCAUCCUGGUGCAGUUCUGGGAGGAAACGGUGUGAGAGAGGACAGGCCCGGCAUCUGCCUCUGCCUGGUGACCUUCUGUGUCCCAAGAUCACUCUACUAGCAAGAUCCUUCCUUCUCUCCCUCCCCAGCUUACCAGAAUUUGGAGCAAGGGGUGCUGCCUUUGGGGCCAAGGCUGUAAAGGGAGCUGUUCUCCUGACCCCUCCCCCACACACCCUGUCCCUAUCCCCACCCAGGUCUGGUGCUGAGGGUGCCUCUCUUCUCAGUGUCUGAGCAGUCUCCAAUACUGAAAUGUAUAUUUUUGCUAGGAGCCCCAGCUUCCUGUGUUUUUAAUAUAAAUAGUGUACACAGACUGACAGAACUUUAAAUAAAUGGGAAUUAAGU